CAUGCAUGGAAUUCUCCUCCGACUAUAACACAAGCUAGAGAGAGAAAGAGCUUAGAGAGAGAAAGUGAGAGAGAAGAAUCUCUGAAUCAGUCAUGGCUUAAGCUUUGAUUGUGUUUUACAGGCCUCUUCAUCGCCAUCACUGGCGAGAAGAAACCCAUUUCUCCAAAAUUUGAUCUUUUCGAUUUAAUCCCAAUUUUUGUUUUCAACAUUGAAAAAAGGGAUUGUGGGUUAUACUUUGAUAUGGAAUUUAAAGGGUCCCUUUUUGUUGGGUCGGAUCUCGUACUUCACAAAACCGUCACAUCUCAACACUUCAAUUCUCCCAUCUGUUCAUCACCUGCAAUAAAGCUCCAAACUUUGUGAUCUAUUUCUUCAGCGGCUAGCUCGAUCUGAGAGAGAUUGUGCUCUGUUUCUCUCUGCCAUUUGGGUAUUUUUUACUGCAACCAUUUAACCGAAUAAUGCUGCAUUCUAGCUACUUCGUUUGAGGUAAGUUUUGCUAAUUUUACUUUGUUACUGCUGCCCCAUCUUUUGGUUUUGACUAUUGAGUGAUGAAAAGAAAUCCAACCAUGGAGAGAGAAGAUCAGAACAAUCAGAACCAGAAAAAGAAAUUUGUGUGCAAGUUUUGCAGCAAAAGGUUCCCCUGUGGGAAGUCAUUGGGUGGUCACAUAAGAACCCAUCUGAAGAUUCUGAACAAAAAACCAGCUAUUCAAAAAGAAGAAGAGGAAGAAGAUGAUGAAAUUAUAGCCAACGCUGCUUCUAGGAUUGUAAAGUUUUCACCUUUAGAUGGUGGGCAUUCUGGGUAUUCUCUCAGAGAAAACCCCAAGAAAACAUGGAGGUUUUCGGAUGCGGACCCCAAUUUCCAGUUGCAGCAGGAGAAGGCGUGUAAAGUAUGCGGCAAAGGGUUUCAGUCACUGAAAGCUCUGUGUGGUCACAUGGCUUGUCACUCGGAGAAGGAGAAGCUGAUGAACAAGCUUGAAGAAAUCUUAGAGUUCGAUGAGAAGCAGAAGCUGCUUGAUGUAAUGGACAGUCAGUCGGAUACUGAGACAUCGGCUCCUCCGAGGCAGAGAAGGAUAUCCAAAAGAUUGAAGCAGCAGAAUCUGGAUGUUUACUCGUCUGUGGCAAAUGGUGGUUCGUCAUCUGGUGGUUCCGGAAUCGAGCAAGAGCAGCAAGAAGUUGCUAUUUGUUUGAUGAUGCUGUCACGCGAUUCGGGUAGUAAAGGGGGUUUGAAUUCGUUUGCUGAGUCUUCAGACAACACCUCUGUGGUUUUGGAGGCGAAAUCAUCGUCUAUCGAUGUGAGGAUUAGUACUAAGAAAGGUAUGAACUGUGCCUAUAAAGUGAGUGAUGUUAUAGGGAUGAAGAGAGCAAGAGAGAAAAAGUUCAACUGUGAGGAGAUGGGUGUUUCUGACAAUUCUGAUUCCGGGUAUUUUAGACAUGAACGACCUAAGAAAGUUGAUUCGGAAGUUUCAGAAGAUGGGUUUUUUAGGAAUGGUGAAUUUCACAAGGGUAGAGCAGAAUUUGGAUCCAGAAUCGAGGGAUAUGAGUCCUAUGAUGUGAAAUUAAGGAAGGGUUUUCGUGUUGAAUCUGAAUUAGGCAAGGAUGUGCCAAAUGCAGAAGAUCGUAGUCCUGAUCAAGUGCAUGGAGAUAGAAGGACUUUGAAGUAUGCAUUGAGAAAUACAACCAAGAAUGGAACUUUUCACAGACCAAUAGCUGAUGAUUCUUCCAAUGUCGAACCCUGCAGAAAUACACGAAAGAGCGGAAAAUACGAGUGCUUGUUGACAUGUAACAAAACGUUCCAUUCUCACAGGGCUCUUGGGGCGCACAGAGCAAGUCACACCAAGACCACUGCUUACUCUGAGUCCAUCUAUGAGAGUGGGGAAAACAGCAUGGACACCGAUCCCUCUCCAAUUCUGACACCCGCAAGCAGCAAGCUUGCUGAGCAGCCUUGCAGUGGGAAGAAACCAAUGGAUGAUCAGGACUUCAGUGGCAGUGCAAAGAGAUGUUCAGGGUCCAAGAAAAGCAAGGGGCAUGAGUGUCCCUUCUGCUUCAAGGUUUUCAGGUCAGGCCAAGCUUUGGGCGGUCACAAAAGGUCACAUUUUGUUGGGGGAUGUGAAGUCAAAACUGUGGUACUUGGGCAGCAAGAACCUGAUCAAUCCCCUCCUCAUGAGGCUGAAAUCACAGCACUAUUUGAUCUCAAUCUUCCAGCUCCAAUGGAGGAUGAAGCACAUGACCAUUUUGAAUACAUGGCGUGGUAGGUCGGAAGAUAGGGUUUUUUAGUAUGAACCGAAACAUAGUAUGCAUCUUUCGACGUUGAAUUCUUAAUAGUACAUCCAGCCGUUCAUUCACUUGGUCCAUUUUAGAAUUUCGUGCAAGAAGAAGCAACAAAAGCAUGAAACUUUUUUGGUGGGUCUCAUUAUCUGCAACUGUAAUGAUGCAAAUGAAGGCGAAGUACAGGCAAUGUGGUUAAUUAUUUGUCUCUUUGGGUCCCAUCAGUUCAAAGGAUGCCUUGCAGAGGUAAUGGUUGCAACUUUUAGUUUUAAGGGGGUGGAAGAAUUGAGUUGUUCUUGCAAUUUUCCAUCUUCUUUUAGUUUUUUUUUUCUUCUAAAUAAUUUAUUUCAUCAUCUUUCUCAUUUGUAGGGCACUUUGAUCUGUUUCUUCCCAAAGCAUAUAGUUAUUAGGAACUUAUUUGUUUCUCUCUCUCUGACAAUUUUAAAUUAUUAUAUGUUAUCCUACACUGUUUUGGAAUGUCUCAUAA